CCACCCUCAGCCUCUAUCCCUCACAGUUCUCCUGUCAACAUACUUCACUCUCUUUGACUCUAGCUAAUCUCUCCAGCUGCACUUGUUACAGCUCCUUUCUACUACCUUCUCCACAAGGAACAAGAUUUUUUUCGACCAAAGAGGAAACCAACAAUGUCCAGCUUCAUGAAGGUUUUUCUGCUCAUGGCUGUCAUGGUCUGCAUCACCAAAGCACAAAGACAUCAAUCACAACAUUGUCUGUGUCAAAGUGUAAGGAAUGGAAUCGGCUCGAAGACUGCCAUAAAGGACAUCCAGAUCUACCCAGCAGACAACUUCUGUGACAAAGUGGAGAUUGUUGUCACCAUCAAAAGCGGCCGUCGCUACUGCCUGAACCCCAAGCUGAAGGCAGUGCAAAAACUCAUGGCUUCCAUCAUGAAACCAAAAACCUCCACUACAUCAGGACCAUCUGAGCUCACUUCCACCCCAGGCAGCACCAACACAGCUCGCAUCUGACUCCUUAGCUCCUUGGAUCAAUAACAAGUUGAUGAUGACCUCCGACCCCAAACAAAGGCACCUUCAAUUAAUGUAGAUGUGAAAUGAAUGAAUGAAUGAAACAUUUUGUCUAUUUAUCUUCUAUUUAUGCUGAUGUGCACUUACAGUAUGUCUCCGUUCUAUUUUAUUUCCUUUAAUCUAUUUUUGUAAAUAUUUAUAUAUUGUAAACCAAGUUUUUUGCAUUUUGGUCAUUUCUUUGUUUUUAAU